UUUUCUCAGCUGAUUUUAUAUCAUUAAAUUUUGUUUAUAGACAACAAACAAAUGUGUAACAGAUACAUAUAAAAAUGUAACUAUUUUAAGUUUUGAAUACUUUAAAGAGCAAUGGCAUCCAAAGAAGAUAAAUGGGUGCGAAUAUUUGACAUUCCAGAUACCAAUAAGCACAAAAAGGGAUUUACCAUUUAUAAAAUAAUUUCAAUGUUGUAUCCAGAGAGUUGCCCUGAUGCAAUAACAAAAAUUACUGUUUGGAAAAGGUAUAAUGAUUUCAAGAAGUUGCAUGGAGCAUUAAAGUUAUUACACAAAACACUGAAGAUAAGGGAUAAAAUUCCAUCUAUUCCAAAUACUUCAUUUUUUAAAAGGUUUCAAGAUGAAGUUUUAGAAGAGAGGAAAUCUAUAAUACUCAACUUUUUAGAAUACAUCUCUAAACACUCACAGCUAUUCACCAGUAAUGAAUUUGUAAAGUUUUUUGAAACCAGUCAUACUCCAAGCAACAUGAUAUCCAGCAGUAUUAACUCAAUACGGGCAGAGCUGAAUCUACCUUCAGAGCCUGAAUAUUUAUCAUUCCACUCCCCAGAAUCAGAUGAAGAAUGUACAAUCAGUGAUACAGAUUCUAUAUCUACCCUAAGCAGUAUAAGCCCAUCUAUACAGACAUCUGAUUUUUUGGAUCCUUUUACUAAAAGUUCAGUUACUUUGAAUAAACUAUCUAAGAAAAUGAAUUCCGCGAUGUCCGUGGCUAUAAAAGGUGAUAUUUUAAUAGAUGGUUUUCAAGUCUUGGACUAUCCAACACCACCAGAAACUCCCAACAUUCUAGAUCCCAAUGCGUAUAUUGUAGAGGCUGGCAAAUAUAUAACCCAAGCUUCUGAAUAUGAAGUUGAAAGCAAAUUUGGAGAAGCUUUCAUAGCAUACAAGCAAGGAAUUGAUAUAUUAUUGAGGCACGUUAAAGGUGAUGUGGAUAUCGAUCGGAGGCAGAUGGUAAGAUUUAAAACGGAGAAAUAUCUGCUGAGAGCUGAAAAACUCUAUAAUCUAUAUUUGUCGCCUGAUGUCCAAAUUUUCCAGAAAAUUGCUAAAGAAAACACUGAAGAAUGCAUACAUAGUCCGAUUUCCGAAUUAUAUAAAUAUAAAGUUAUAAAAGUGAUUGAUUCUGGAAUGAUGGUGCUCCAUACAGAAACGCAGUUGUUCUAUUUCGUAAAAGUAAUCCACAAAACAUGCAUCUUCAGUAAAGAUGAUUUAAUCUUGCCAAACAAUGUGCCUUUCAUGGUGAAUUUACAUAACACUUACAACUGCGAAAACGCCAUAUUCUUAAUAUUGGAAUACCAUAACGUUACACGGCUUUGGGAAUUUGUAAAGCAGACUUCGCGGUUUUCGAGCAAAGAUAUUGAACAGCUUAGAGAAUAUGAGACUAAUCAGGUGACUUCAGAUAACGAAUCAGAGUGUAGUUAUUCGGAGUUAUUUUAUGAGUGUGCUGCAAGUAAGAAUGCAACAUCGAAUAAUUCGGUAAAUACCGAUGAAAUUUUAACGAAAUCACAAGAAUUGAUAAUUUCGGUCGAUGCAGCGCUUAAGAAAAAUUCCGAAUUAAAAAAGAAUGUACAGCACUUCGAAGGCAGUUUCGAAUUCAUUAAUGUUUCUAGUCAAAGGAGGUCGAGCAACGCGUCGACUGUUCCCGAGGUAUAUGAUGAUUUUGGGGAAUUCACACAAAUUCCAAUAGAUAAUAUUAUUAAAUGGUCAGCGCAAUUAUUAAUAUGCUUAGAACGUUUGCAUAGAAUUGGUAUUGUUUGUUGCGAUUUACAAAGCAAAAACUUGCUGAUAGAUGACAAAGGAAAUCUUCUUUUGAGUUAUAUGUAUCAAGUGAAUGGCAAAAGAAUUUUUAACUACAAAGGCAAUUUGCAUUUGGCUCCAGAAUUAUAUAAAUUUGAUGGAGUUUCAACUGCUGCAGAUUGGUGGUCUUUCGGCACAAUUCUUUACGAAUUGCUCGUGGGAAUUCCAAUUGCGAAAAUGCACCCAGAGGGAAUUUUAAUUUAUACUUUGCUCAGAAUACCGAAAUACGUUUCGCCGGAAGGGAAAUCAUUAAUCAAGCAGUUGCUAAAUUGCGAUCCAAAAUAUAGGCUCGGAAGUGGACUUAGCAGCACUGAAGAAAUUAAGUCACAUCCAUUCUUUAAUUCUAUUAAAUGGGAUGAUAUAUAAAGUCAAUAAUAAUAUAAUAUUACUACAAAUGGUUGCACAAUAGAAUAAAGCUAAUGCAUAUUAAAUAAAU